CCGGUCGAGUGGGCUCGGGAAAUUGUCGACCGACCACAUGUCGUGCUUUAUGGCCACACGUGUCCAUUUUGUGGCCACCACGUUGCCUUUUUGUGUGCACGAUAUACCAUUUUGUAGCCGCAACGAAAAAAGUCUGCCACUUUGUAGCUUCCUUGCCCUUUUCUAUUCUGGGGAUGUGUAAUCAGAAAGAUUCCCUUCCUGCUUUCCUCCCUUAAUAAACCUUGGCUCUGACGGAUGGACCUGGUCUUGGUUUUUGUUUUGUGGCGUCAUUUGUAAGGCCCGCCAACCAGCUGAACAAACCUGCUCCCGGUAGAGCCCCGGGCGAGUCUUGUUCGCGUGUGUGUUUGGGUAGCAGGUACAACAGGUUGUGAUCCACAACCUCGGUCGCGGGAAGCCAUGCGGGACUUGACGUCAGCUCUCUGCUAAUUCCCCCCCAGCUAAGAAGAACCCAGUUGGACCCAAACAAAAGAUAAGUUCUGGCAAGUAGUUCCGUGUGUGUGUGUGUGUGUGUGUGUGUGUGUGUGUGUGUGUGUGUGUGUGUGUGUGUGUGUGUUCCAGGGAAAGACUCGCCCCGCGUUGUUUACUCACGCUGGACCGACCGGUUCUGGCGUCUUUGCUCAACGUAUUAGCGACCGGUUUAGCUUAACGUCCGCAAAAAAAAAAAAAAAGAGACAAGACGAAAACGAAGGAGAAAACAACUGGAAUCCCGACACCACGGAACUCAUUCUUGCGGAUGACGACCAACCAUGUGAGCGCAACUUCGUCAUCUUCGACAUCAAACGAGGGACUCUGAGACGUCAAGCAUCGAACCGGAAGUAUGGACGUCUGUGGCCUUGGAGGGGGUCGACCUGUAACUUGGUAGAAUGGACUCGUGGCUUUGCCUGACUUGACUUUGGAACCUGGACUUGGAGGAUUCAAAAAGUGAACUUGAAGAACUAUUGAUUUGCUGGAGUGGACUUGUAGACCUUUUCUGGGAAAACUAUCUACAUACGUACGUGUGGUAGACAGGACGCGUGUCCUGGCAUGAGUGUACUUACCCCGGAUGAGGGAUCCGCAUCCUUGACGGUGGAGCACGGCGCAUAUUUCACAGCGUGCCCGAGCAGACUUGGUGGAGGUAAGACUUGAAGGAGUAGACUUGUAAACUUGCCGGCCCGGAACAAUCGUCCGUCACCUUUGUGGGGUGAACUUGCAGACAAGAUAGACAUGGGAGUCUCGCAAGACUUAAAGGACACAUGAUGGACAACAACCGUCCACUUGGAAGAUUGUAGCCCUUUCAGAGGGGGGGGGGGCUUGUGGACUUUGGCAUGGAAGCCACGUUGACCCGGACUCGCAAGAGUGAACUUGCUGACGAUGAGAAGUCGACUCGAGGCCAAGGACGAGUAGACGUGUACACCCGAUGAAGUGGACUUGCAGACUCGAUAGAACUGUAAAAGUGCCCCGAGCAGACUUGGCGGAGUGAACUCGUGUGAAAGAUUGUAGACUCGGUGGAGUGGGCUGGAAGUCUCGAUGGAGUCGGUAAAGUGGACUUAGAAAGACGGUGGGACUCGCGGCCCCCUUUUGUCGAGAGAACUUGUCGAGUUGCAACAUUGACACUUGCUGACAUCGAAAAAUGUAGUCCUUCUCAAGUGCACUUGCGGACUUGAGAAGAAGCGAGCGGACUUUCCCGAUUCGGUGGACAGCGUGGACCCCCGAGGUGUAAGACUUUGAGACUGAGAAGGUUGGACACCUGCCGGAAAGCGAUGACAUCCAGGGAGUCGGUGUGGUCGGACUUUUCUGCUCUGAAGGACAACGAUCCUCCUCCUUACAUCCAUCCUCACUACAAGGAGACCUACCGUCUGGCCAUCUACGCCUUGCUCUGCGGCGGCAAGGAUGCCUACGACGACUUCCUCCAGGCCGAGCAGAUCAACCACUUCCUGUCCGAGAAGGAGAUCCGCUUCAUCCUGGAGAGCGCCGAGCCCCCCCCGGCGGAGGACGACGACAACGACGACGUUGACGCGGAGGGGCGGCGCCCCGGAGGCAGGCCGGGCCCUUCCACCUACUUCCCGCAGGAGUCGGACGAGGAGGUGCCCGACCUGGACCUGGGCUGGCCCGAGACGGCCCCGGAGGACCAGGACACCAGCAUCAGUUUACUCUUCCAGCCGCCCAGGGCCAACACGCCCACCAUCAAGGAGGUGGUCCGUAAGCAGAUCCAGGACGCCAAGCAGGUGAGGGCACCGGCUCCCUCUGUGGUUUAGAUGACAGCGCUCGCGUGGUGGUGUCUAACGCGAGCGGGUUCGACAGAACAAAGUUCAACUUUUGAAUUAGGACUGAUCGAAUUGCCGUAAAAA